AGCGCGCAAGCGGAAGUCGAUUAUAACGUUGGUUCGGGGCUUUUGUGCUCAGGGCAAGUAUAAAACCGAAAGACAUUAGCACUUUCGAGGCAGAUCCCUAAGGUUCGAACCGUUGUACAGGUGAAUGACGGAAGUUAUUCAGACUCGCAUACAAGUGCUCAAAUUCCGUCGAAUGCCAGUAUGAUGAUGGCAGCCUAUCUGGAGAGGAAGGCUAAACAUGGCCGGUCUCAAGAAGACCAAGGAAAGUUACCAAGCGCAUCAGAACUCAUCAAAGCGCUGUCCGAACUACAACUUACGAAUCCCGGUGAAGGAAAAGUGUUGUACGCUCAAGGAAUAAAGAACAAUGGGAACUGGAGGCCUAUGUGUUAUGCAAGCCAGAAUUUCAGGGCAUACUACACUCUGCAGCUUUUUAACGCUCGAGUUAGCUUGACAACAAAAGCUAUUGAGAAGGCUAUUGAAGAAGACCAUGUCCCUCAGCGGUUCUUCAAGAGCGUAAAGACUGUAGUGAGCCUCGGCUGUGGACCUGGCUCUGAUCUUCGCGGGUUUAAAACCUUCCUAAGCGAAGCUUUCCCGUUCAGUUCGAGAGGGAAGAAGUCACCCCAGUUCAUCGGCUACGACAGGGAGCUGGGAUGGAUGCACUACGUUCAAAGUUUGGGGUUUGAAUUUGAAAGCGUCGAAAUAAAUAAAACAUUUAUCAACGACAUGGACAAAGUCGAUGUGAUGUUAAUAUCGUACAGCGCCAAGGAAAUUUUCCGUGAGUUCAACCGCGGUAAAAACGAUGAAACAUUCUGGAAGGCAAUAUCUAAGAAAGCGAAAUUUGUUCUGGUUGUUGAUGACGAAAAAUGUUCGUACGAUGAUCUUCCGACUGAUGACGAAGAAUACGAGUAUUUUGCUUUGGAUGACGAGCUGGGAAAUAAGGCCGUUGUUUAUUGUCAUUUUACAGCUGAAGGUUAAAAGAUAUUUAAUAAUGCAAAUGAAAAUCUGUAAACCGGAAGUUAAGAUUCCUAGAACAAAUCCAGGAAUUUUGAUUGCGUUCUCAUUUUUCUGUCGAGAGGAACUUGAGGACAGAAAUAUUCGAAUCAUAGACUCGCAGUUUCGACGGAAGGAGUGCUUAGGUGUAUGCGUCAUGACAUUUCUCCAUAUUGUAAAUUCAUAUGAUUAUAUCUUUAAAGAAACUACAACACGCUAAUUUUUGAAUUAUAAAUUGGAAAGUGUAAAUUAAAAUUUUAAAUCACUCCAAUUAAAAGUUAACGGUAUCUAGGAUAUAGACCGGUAAUACUUUUGAUUGUUCAUCAAGUGGCCUACAUCUUUAUUGGUGUAAUAAAAUAUUGUAGAAUACCUUACAUUUUGAAAUGUCUAUAACUGAUCGUAUAUCUUUAAGUACCUUCCUAUUCUGGUUUCCGUACGUGCUACGCCAGAAUGAAUUCGUUCUAGAAAUAAUUUAAAAGAAUAUCAUGUGAACUGCUCUACAACCAAUUCCUCAGAAGAAGAAUAUGCCUAACAAAUCGCUUGAAUUUUGUGUUCAAAGGCCAAAUUCGCACAUUACUAAACUUUGACACAAGUAUUUCGCUUGAUAUGAUCUCGUAAUUUUUAUCUAGCUAAGGGGAAUUGGUGGCCGGCUAUUAAAUUCAAAUGUAUUUUGAUGGAAAUGAAGCUUUUAAAAAUGUUUAGAAGGACAAUGAUAAUUGAAAUAAACUCUCACUAACACGA